AUGGAGUCGACGGCGUCGAGCCGGGGAAACCAAGAAGAAUUGAGGGAGGCCGUCGCAAUUGGGGACAUGGUCAAACUGAAGAAACUUGUCGAAGAAAAACAUGUCGAAAUUAACUCUCAAAAUUCAGUAAAUGGAUGGACUGCUUUGCAUUGGGCUGUUGUGAGAAAUCACCCUUCAAUUGUUGCCUAUCUGCUGAACAAUGGUGCUGAUAAGACUAUAAAAAAUCAUGAUGGUGAUGUAGCAUCUCAGUUAACCACAGACACAACCAUACAUAAAAUACUUGGAGUUUCAGAUGCUGCUAAUUUAAAAGUGAAAGAGACUAAAUUGCCUAUUACAGCCAACUAUCUGGCUUACCCUCCUUUUCCAUACAUGAAUUCCCAGCAAUCGAAUGCCCACAGUGCACCACCACCACCACCACCUCCACCUCCGCCCAUAGCUCCCAACCCAUAUUUAUUUCCAAAUAGUGAUAAUGAAAUGGUUCUCAAAGCCAGAGUUGCUAAUGUGGAAGAGAAAGAUUAUGUUGAGAUUGAAUUGGAUCGUUCUUCUUUGACAUUUGAUGCCUUGUUAAAUCUAAUGUGUCACGAGUUAUGCAUUGACAAACGUCUUGUACACAAAAUCCGUAAAUUGCCUGACACAAUUAUUCGGAAAGACAAAGAUGUGAAGAGACUUGUUGAUUUCCAGGAGAUGGAACUUGUGCUUACGAGCAAAGCUCUCAGUGCCUCAUCACGGAACUAUGGAGUUGGUGCAGGGUUAAAAUCUGAACAAAUUUUGUACUGA